UCACACAGACCUGGGUGAUCAACUGACGGACCAUCAUACCUGCUCGACGCAGCUGAACCUGUUAGCCACUCCCUGACGUUGUUGACGACCAAAACCUGUUCGAACAGAAAACACCAUGACAUCAGGUGUGAAAGUGGACGAUGAGGUCAUCGCGGUGUUCAAGGACAUGAAGUUGGGGGUGAAGAAGGCGGUCCUGUUCUAUCUGAGCGCAGACAAGAUCAUCAUGGUGGAGGAGGGGAACCAAAUCCUGGUGAGUGACAUUGGCAAGACGGUGGACGACCCUUACGCCUGCUUCAUCAAGCUCUUCCCCCCUGACGACUGCAGAUUUGCCCUUUAUGACGCCAGCUACGAGACCAAGGAGACCAGGAGGCAGGACCUGGUCUUCAUCUUCUGGUCUCCAGAAGAGGCUUCAAUAAGGAGUAAGAUGCUCUACGCCAGCUCUAAAUACGCCAUCGAAAGGAUUUUUAAAGGUGUCAAAUACGAGUGGCUGGUGACAGAGCUGGAAAAACUCCAGGACCGCAGGAUGCUGGCGCAGAUUCUGGGCAAUGACGUGGUGUCUCUGGAGGGCAAGCCGCUGUGAUGUCACGGCGGCGAGCCGAGCAGUGCCAAGCCAACUGCUGUGCCAUCCGGACCGAAGCACCCGACCCCACCUGAACACCGCCGCUUCACUCAGCAGCUUGCUCUGUCUGUAUCCACGUCCUGAAGGAGUUAGCCUCUUUAGGUCCCUUUGUUUCUUUGUUUUCUUCUUCUUUCUUUUUUCCAAAUGAAGUAGAUCUCUUUAACAUAACGAUAUGCAAACACCUCCCACUUUGUUGCCACAUGACUUCUCUUCAGCUGGCACACUACCAAACCAGGCAGAUGUAUGUUAGACUAUGCAUAGAGAGGAAGAGGAAGAGGAGAGGAAGAGGAGUUUAACAGACACUUUUUGUUCAACACUACAGCCAACGUUUGUUUACCUCCACCUCAUUCCUGUCGGACUCACCUCAUUCUAGCUGUUUGGUCGUCGCCUUACUUUCAGUUCGAAUGUAACCGUCACACCACCUAGUUAGAAUGCACUUUUAUUUUGUAAAGAAACACAACAGGAAGCAGAUUAGCUCCGCCCUCUCAGUGAGAGACGGCCCCACCACCAACAAGAACAAGAGCAGACGACAUCUGGAGCCUUAAAGUGGAACGUUGUUUCUGAGAUCACACUUUGCAAUAAAAGCUUGU